GGCAGCAUGUGGAGGUGGAACCAGACCUCCCUGGAAGACUUCAUCCUUCAAGGGCUCUUUGAUGACUCCCUUAACCACAUCUGUCUUUUCCUCCUGCUGAUGCUGGUCUUCCUCAUCGCAGUGAUUGGCAACAGCCUCACCAUCCUCCUCAUCUGUGCUGACCCCCAUCUUCACACCCCGAUGUACUUCCUGCUCAGCCAGCUGUCACUCAUGGAUCUGAUGUAUGUCUCCACAACCAUCCCCAAGAUGGCUAGCAACUACCUGUCUGGUAAGAAGUCCAUCUCCUUUGUGGGCUGUGCUACCCAGCACUUCAUGUACCUGUCUCUGGGUGGAGCAGAGUGUCUCCUCCUCGCCCUCAUGGCCUAUGACCGCUAUGUUGCCAUCUGUCACCCCUUACGAUAUACUGUGCUCAUGAGCAGAAGAGUGGGAGUGAUGAUGGCUGUCAUGUCAUGGUUGAGUGCAUCUGUGAACUCCCUAAUCCACACAUCCAUCUUGAUGAGCUUCCCUUUCUGUGGUUCAAGAAUCAUCCACCACUUCUUCUGUGAAUUUCCAGCUGUUUUGAAGUUGGUGUGUGGGGACAUCACCACGUAUGAGAACACAGUCUACAUUAGUAGCAUUGUACUUCUCCUCCUCCCCAUCAUCCUCGUCUCUGCGUCCUAUGGCUUCAUUCUCCACAGCGUGAUUCAGAUGCGUUCAGCUGGGAGUAAGAGAAACGCCUUUGCCACCUGCAGCUCUCAUAUCAUUGUUGUUUCCCUCUUGUAUGGUGCCUGCAUCUUCUCCUACAUGAGGCCCCGGUCCCAGCACACUCCACUGCAAGACAAAGUUGGUUCUGUUUUCUAUAGCAUCAUUACUCCCACCCUGAAUCCCCUGAUUUAUACUCUCAGGAAUAAGGAUGUUGCUAAGGCUCUCAAGAAAGUGUUGAAGAGAGAUAUUAUCACCUAGUCACUA